AUGAACACCGACGAUAAGUCGCUUUCAUGGUUGGAUUAUGCAAUAUUCGCUGCAAGUCUUAGUCUAUCGGUUGGGACAGGAGUCUAUCAUGCUAUAAGAAGUCGUCUGCUGCUGAAGAGUGGUCAGACGAAAACGACGGCGAAAGAUGAGUACCUGAUGGGUGGCCAUAUGAUGCCGUCGAUUCCUGUCGCUCUUUCUCUUCUCACCACCUUCCUCUCUGGGAUUCUCAUGUUGGCCGUACCGGCAGAGAUGUUUCAAAGAGGUGUUCAAAUCUGGAUGAAUUUUAUUGUGGGAAUAUUUUCGUCCAUAAUUACAUGCGUUGUAUUUUUGCCAGUGUUCCAUAAGAUGAAAUGUACGUGUCUACACGAAUACUUUAUACACAGGUACAAUUCUCCACUAAUUCGACAAUUAUUUUCCCUAAUUUUUCUCUCCUUCACAAUCGUCUACAUGUCAAUAGUGAUCUAUGCACCUGCCGUGGCACUUUCUCCAGUUCUUCGUAUCCAUAAAUGGAUUUUAGUGCUGAUUUUUGGACUAUGCACAACCUUGUACACUUGUAUUGGUGGUCUGAAGGCGGUUGUGUGGAGCGACUCACUGCAGGCAUGUCUCAUGUACGGUGGAGUUCUGACAUUGAUAGCACAAGGACUCCGUCAUCCAAAAGUUGGUGGUUUCGGAAGAGUAUGGAGUAUAGCCGUGGAAAGCGGUAGGACAGCAGAACUAUUCAGAUUUGAUCCACGACUAGAUCAGUACAACAGCGUAUGGAUCAAUCUUAUAUCUGGAACGAUCACGUGGUUAGCAUCGUUCGGUGUGAACCAGUUAGCCAUACAACGUUAUGCUAGUCUAAGCACAUUGAAACAGGCUCAACAAAUUAUUUACUGGACGCUUAUUCCAUUCGCCAUUCUCUGUACAAUUGUGGCCUUCGUUGGAUUUAUGGCACUAGCCUAUUUUUACAACUGCAAUCCGAUUGAAACUGGCGAAAUAACGGAGACCGAUCAUCUCACAAUUUUGUUUGCAAGAGAUAUUUUACGCUUGUAUUUUUCAAAAGAAGAAAGCGUAGAACCUACUCCAGGCCUUUUUGGGCUCUAUGUAGCGUGUAUCAUGUCUGCCACACUAUCUACCUUAUCUAGUGGAAUGAAUAGUAUGGCGGCGGCAAUUUACGAGGAUUUCCUAAAAUCGUCGUUGGAUGGUCGUAUCACCGAUCAUCAGGCUACCCUGCUCAAUAAGGGAAUUGUUAUCGCAGGAGGUAUUAUUUCUACUGUACUCGCGUUCUCAGCGGAAUCUUUGGGAGGAAUUUUAAGAGUAUGCGUGAAUGUAAUGGGAGCAAUAGCAGGACCAAUGGUGGCGAUUUUUGUCUUAGCCAUGUUCUUUCCACGAUCCGGAUUCUGGAGUUGUCUCAUAUCUUUCGUGGUUUCGAACGUUAUCAUGGUGGUAAUUUGUAUUGCUAAUUAUACGGAGGAUCCGUACCGGGACCAUUUUUUGCCCACCAACACAAGUGUAUCUGGGUGCGGCUCAUACAACUUCACGAUUCGACAAGCACCAUCGUAUGAUGCUCAGUAUGGUGAUCCAAACAGUAUGUUUAUAUCGAGGAUCUCCACUUACGGGUAUGCUGGCGUUGGCUUCGUAAUAAUGAUGAUCAUAGGAGUUGCAAUCAACGCAAUUAAACCUGAGGAAAGGCCAGAAAGGAUACGACACCUGACUUUUGCAGGAAGAAAUGAACCUUGGCCACGGUCGCAUCAUGAACACGACCACUUCCUCGGAGUAAGAAAAAGAUGA